UAAAGGCUGGUUGUGGUGACCGUGGACGCCUCGCUCCUGAGCGGGGAGGGUUUCUUUGUUUGUCAGCGGGUCUCGGAUCUGGCCAGGAUUCAGUUCUGGUUCCGCUCGGAGGAGGAUGUCUGCCGUUUGUCUGACCGCUCUGCUCCUGUUGGGCCGCUGUCUGGCGCAGCGCGCAUCUGCGGACGCAGCUGCAGAGCGGAUGUGGCCCUCCAGGCACAGGAGCGGGGCCCCUGGCUUUGCAGCAGACAAGCGGGGGCUCUACAGAGACCAACACGGGCCGGGAGACCCGGACCCGGAUCUGCUGAUGGCAGAGAAACACAAGAACUCCACGCAGUUUGUGGGCAGCGACCACGCGUACUACACAUCCAAGGUCUACGGCCCCGGAGACGCUCCAGCCAAAGACCUGUGGGUAAACAUCCAGGGGGGGCAGUGGAAGGUCCUCAGGUUCCUGUCCAACUCACACAGACACGCAGAGAGAGUAAAUCUUUCCUUCAGCUUUCCCUUCUAUGGUCAUCCUCUAAAAGAAGUUACCGUGGCAACAGGAGGUUUCAUCUACACCGGAGCGAUCCUGCACAGGAUGCUCACAGCCACGCAGUACAUCGCUCCUCUGAUGGCCAACUUUGAUCCCAGCCUGUCCUCAAACUCCACCGUGAUGCUCCAUGACAACGGAACUGCGCUGGUGGUUGAGUGGAACGGGCUCCACCUGCAGGGCAACGUCCGUUUGGGAGGCUUCACCUUCCAGGCCGUCCUGCACAGCGACGGCCGCAUCGUCUUCGCCUACAAGGAGGUUCCCGUUGACAUCCGUGACAUCACCUCGGAAGACCAUCCGGUCAAAGUGGGGCUGUCGGACGCUUUCGUCGUCCUCCAUGAGAUGGAGCAGAUCCCCAAUGUCCGCCGGAGAACCAUCUACGAGUAUCACAAAGUGGACAUCCUAAAAUCCCAGAUCAGCAGCUGCACGGCGGUGGAGAUGCUCCCCCUCCCCACCUGUCUGCAGUUCUCCAGCUGUGGUCCAUGCGUCUCCUCCCAGAUCGGCUUUGACUGCAGAUGGUGCCGCCGGCUGCAGAGAUGCUCCAGCGGCUUCGACCGUAACCGGCAGGACUGGGUGGACCACGGCUGCCUACAGGAGGAACGGGAUCCCCGCUGCCUUCUGACGCCGGACGCCACGUCACGCCCACUGACACAUGCCGCCCCCUCCCCCACAUCCUCGCGGCAGUGGGGGGGGUCAGGGGAGACCCCCACACGGCUCAGCGGGACCUCCACCGGCCCCCCGCCAGGCAGCGGCUGGAAGGAUAAGUCUCAGAAACCAGCCGGCAAAGCUGCGGAUGACGAUGCAUCGAUCUCGCUCCACAUCAGUGAAACAGCAGGAAACGCCGACGGACAGCGGAGCGAGGGGGGGCUGCAGAGCGGCCCCCUGGCUGCCGUGGUCAUCGUGAUGCUCGUCGUGACAGCAGCCGUCCUGGCGUCCGUCUACAUUUACAGCCACCCGACCUCCACUGCCAGCCUCUUCUUCAUGGAGCGACGGCCGACGCACUGGCCCAUCUUGAAGUUCAGGCGGGGCUCGGGGCGCCCCUCCUACGCCGAGGUGGAGACCCCGGGGCAGGACAGAGACGGCGCCGUGGUCAUCGACCUCAAACCCUCCUUUGAGGUGACCUUCAGGAGAGAGAGCGAGCAGAGGGAGGGCUUCAUCGUUCCCGACCAGAGGGAGCGCUUCCUGCGCCCGGAGAGCUCCUGACCACAACUACAAAUCCCAGAAUGCUCUGGGGCAGAGAGGCUUCUUUCAAGCUGAUGCUCAGGUUUGUUCAGUCAGAGACAGAAAAGCUGUCCAACCUCUGAGAGGCGGAAAUGAGAGUUGGACGGAACGUUUUUCCCGUGGUUUUGCUCAGGAGGUUCAAGGUUUACAGAAGCUGCCGCCGCCGCCACGGGUUUUGAACCCUCUCAAAGAUGGGCUUUCCGCUCCAUAUCUGCCCAUUCCACACCUCCACGCGCAGGAAUGUCACACCUGGACGCUACUUCCUUCCCUGAAAAACACAGACCGCAUUCCUGACGGGGACGCCCGCCUCCGUCUGGCGGGCUGACGGCGGCGUUUGUGGACAUGUUCCAUUUAUUUUCUCUGCUCUUCGUUCGGUACGCAAAGUAAACGACAGCAACAAACAGGAAGUCAGAUUAUUUUGACGACACUUUCCAGACUUCAGUCAGUUUGGAAAAAGCAGUUUUUUUCUGUUUUGUUGUUCUACGUUUUAAUGUUUCAUCAACCAGAAAGGAUCAAAGAAUUGUGGGUAAAUUAAAAUAAUUAUUCCACUUUUCAAAUGAA